GGCAAAACGGGUAGACGCGCACCGACGAUAAAUGUGUUUACCUAUACCUAUACCCCUAUAUGCCUUAUCUACCUAUACAUUGUUUUUGAAAGGUAUUUUAUUGUCAUUUAUUUUUGUAAGGCGAUAUAAACAGAACUAUUUUAUAUUUAGCGAUUGAAUUAAGUAAAUCUUAACAAUUAACUUAGUUAUCAUGAAGCUUGGUCAUAAAGCUAUCGCCGUGAGCACGCUCUUACUACCAGGUGCUCUGGCAUGGGGAAGCCUGGGACACAUCACUGUGGCUUACAUAGCAACAAAUUUGGUCAAGGAUGAUACGACUGCAUUCUUCCAGAAUAUCCUACAGAAUGAUACCGAGCAUUACCUCGCUGGGGUAGCUACUUGGGCGGAUAGCAUCAGGUACACGAAAUGGGGGCGAUUCUCCAAGAAUUUCCAUUUCAUCGAUGCGAAAGACACGCCACCGACGUACUGCGGUGUAGACUUUGAGAGGGACUGCAAGGAGGAUGGCUGUGUUGUGAGCUCGAUCCAGAAUUACACGUCCCAACUACUCGAUACCGGGCUGUGGCCGUCGCGGAGAAACCAAGCUGCUAAAUUCGUUAUUCAUUUCGUCGGCGAUAUCCAUCAACCUCUGCACGUGGAAAACGUCGCUUAUGGAGGCAACGGUAUCCACGUCAAAUGGGAGUCAUCCGAACUGAAUUUGCACCACGUCUGGGACACGAGCAUCGCAGAAAAGAUGCUGGGAGGCAUCCAUAGGAAGCCUUAUGUGGCUGGGUUCGCAUGGGCGGCCAACCUUACCCACCAAAUCAAGUCGGGCAAGUAUGAGGCAGCCAGUAAACUUUGGAAUGUCGGCCUUAGUUUCGAUGAUCCUAUCCAGACGGCCAUGGGCUGGGCAAACGAGUCUAAUGCUAUUGUUUGCUCCCACGUGCUCCCUGAAGGACCUGAAGCAAUUGUUGGUCAGGAGCUCGCGGGCGAUUACUAUGAGAAAGCCGCCCCGGUGAUCGAGCUUCAGGUGGCCAAGGCAGGAUACCGCCUCGCGACCUGGCUAGACCUCAUAGCUGACAAAGCUUCUGGAACGGCUCAGCCUAUUGACGAACUAUAACGGGAGCCUUUCAAAGGAUCUCCAAAAUUAGAAUCUUUAGUAAAUCUGGUCCCAAAGAUAUGUUAGAUAGGGAUAGGAAUGAAAUCCAAAAAAUUGAAAUGCUGCCAUAUUGAAAAAUAAA